CAAAAUACUAGUAGCUUUCGUUUUUUCCACGGCCUACUUGGUUCUCUGAUGUUUCUUUUUGCACACUGUGCCUUGUUUACAACUUGUUUACUUUAGCGCACAGACGUGGAGCGAACCUUUGCUCUGUUUAUUUGCCGGCCUCGAUCGCCAGGUUAAACCCGCCUGCUCCUACAUUCCACCAACAGCACUUCAUUGCCCCAUGUCCGUGCUGACACUUCAUCGUUUUGGCGCAAGAGCUUGAGAGUGGUGUGAAAGAAGGAGCGAUCGACCUACCGAGACAAGUCGAAGAAGAAAACGGGAGAAGCAUGACAACGACCGAUCAGCCGGACGUCGUGAAAAACGCGAACACAAGGUCUCCUCCGGAAAUAAAGAGUCCCGACCACUUUAGGUUCGGUAAGAGAAUGAAGAUCAUUCCCAUGAACGAUCAAAUCAAGGAGCUGCAAACGAUCAUUCGCGAUAGGAAUACUACUAGAAGCGAGUUUGUGUUCUACGCCGACAGAUUGAUUCGGAUUGUAGUGGAAGAAGGUCUUAACCAGCUGUCGUACUCUGAAUGUGCAGUUACCACGCCGACAGGAUCAAUCUACCAGGGAAUCAAGUUUCUAAGAGGAAGCUGUGGCGUGAGCAUCGUACGAAGCGGUGAAGCCAUGGAGCAAGGCCUCAGGGACUGCUGUCGUUCUAUCCGCAUUGGAAAAAUCCUGAUACAGAGUGAUGAAGAAACACAUGAAGCUAGCGUUGUGUAUGCCAAGUUUCCGGUCGAUGUUCACAGCAGAAAGGUGUUGCUGAUGUACCCAAUCAUGAGUACCGGAAACACCGUGAACAAAGCUGUUGAAGUUCUGAAGGACCAUGGAGUGCAGGAAGACAACAUCUUUUUGUUAAAUUUGUUCUGCACGCCUCAUGCUGCCAAGUCGGUGAUGAAGGCGUUCCCAACCAUGACGGUCCUCACCUCAGAACUUCAUCCUGUUGCUCCUAACCACUUUGGCCAGAAGUACUUUGGAACCGAUUGACCAAACCUCUACGUGUUGAUUUUUAUCGCGUUUUAGGACACGCCUCGUAUACGCAGACUGUUUUAGAUGCUUUUACAGCGCAUGCUUUUAAGUUAUUAUACACCAGAAUAAAUGUUACUUGUUGAUAAACACAA